AUGGACGCCUCUAAGAUAAUUGUGUUAAUCACCGGAGCCAACUCCGGUGUCGGUUACGCCACAACACAAGUAAUUGUCUCGAAUUCAUCAAAGUAUCACGUUAUAAUGGCCUGUCGCAAUGUCUCCGCUGGGCAGGAAGCCCUUGACGAAAUCAAAGGGUCAUCAUCCAUGCCAGCCAAGGGCAGUCUAUCUCUCUUGCAACUUGAUGUCUCAGACGAGGCUUCGAUUGCGGCGGCCGCAAAAUCAGUCGAAAAUGAUUUUGGACAUCUCGACGUUUUGAUCAAUAACGCCGGGAUAGGGUCACUGGUCCCAGGCGCUCAUUCCAAGGAAAGCCUCCACUACGUUUUCGAUACAAACGUCUUUGGUCCGAUAUUGAUGAUACAAGCCUUUGAGUCGCUCCUUGAAAAGUCGACAUAUUCAAAGGGCCCGUAUAUCCUUCAGGUCAGCAGCGGUUUGGGGUCGUUUUCAAUGGCAUCAGACACGAAAGACCCUUUCUACAAAACAACGUUUGGAUCAUAUCGCAUGACCAAGGCUACUCUCAAUAUGGCAACUUUACAAAGCCAUAUUCAAUUAGCAGACAAAGGAUUCAAGGUGUUUGCAUUUUGCCCCGGAUUGGUGGUGUCUAAUUUGAGGGGAAAGACAGAGGAAGCGAGAAGCGGAUGGGGAAUGGCUGGCGACCCAAAACUGCCGGGUCAGGGAAUUCUAAACAUCAUUGAAGGAAAUAGAGAUGAUUUGGUGGGAAAGUUUGUUCACAAGGACGGGGUGUAUGACUGGUAG